AUGUGUGAACGCUGCACCAUUACUGAAUGCGCCUUUGGCUCAAGAGAGCCGUUACCUCCAAAAAUCGCUUCGUUGGAUGUGAAGCCCACAACAUCUCCAGCUACCGAGGAUGACAAGCCAAACCUCAGAGAUGAGCAUGACACUGAUGUCAAAGCUUUAGGCUCGUCCGCCGCUACCACCUCAGCAUCGCAGCCAUCUACUUCUACAUCACCUGAAAUCUACAAUUCGACUGUUGUCACGUCGCAGGAGAAGAGUGUCACCCGACGCAACGCAAUGUCUUCAGCAUUGCCUACAUCUGGUCCUGAUAUCCAUGUACAAUGGUCAGAUGUGGCUGCCAUCGGUUCGAAAGCACUCCAGCCAAGGGCUACUAAGAAGGACCUCGAAAUUACUAUGCCAUACAGCAUCCUCGUCGCAAUCAUGAAAAACGCGGAUAUUCUCGACGAGCUGAUGCUGAGUUGUCCAGACUUCCCUACGCUGUUCUCUUUUGUUGCUUCGUGUAAGACAGCGAAGUGUGCUUUCGAACGACAUUCUCAAGGCAUCGUCAAGGUGAUGCUGAGAAGAUUGCCUCAAGAGCUGCGGUAUCUGACCGUUGCCCUCAUUGGAAUUAAUGACUCGCAGAUCAGCAAUUUGGAGUCGAUUAAGGCGCUCAUGGAGACUUGGCUAGGCAUGGGGCCGAGGCCGUUGACGGAGCGGCUCAAAAAGAAUCCUUUUGAAAUAAUCAAAAAGCUCGCUCGCACUUUCAGCGCCAUCGAUGUCUUCACAGAAGUGAUCCAGAAGAAUUGUGUGGACAACUUCACCGACUACAAAACGGUGGUAGCAUCACGAGGGGGACUCAGUUACUACGACGUGAUGCAGUGGUCCAACACACACCCCUUACUCCAGCAGACGGAAUGGUCUGACGUACCAGACGACACCGAAUGGGAUGUUCCUGGCCUGUCAACUACUGAAGCUGCACCCCAAGAAAUCGCUCUUCCUCUGAAUGACCGAGAAAUGUACCGAAUAAAGCGCGCUCUCCUACGUUAUGAGGUCUUUUGUGCCCUAUUCUACCUAAGACCCGAUAGAUACUUUGACACACGUUUGCACCCGCGCCGUUCCAACCCAAUACCAGAGUCCAGCAGACGACGAGCCUUCCGCGAGGACCAGGUCAUCUUCCUUAAGGAGUACGUUAACCCGUGGGAGGUAGGCGAGCUGGCUGUCAUCACGCAGUUCAUGUAUGAUCUUGUGAGGCAUGCCUACUUCCACAAAUACAUGACUUUGCGCUACGAUCAAGCCUACGAAUCCUGGUAUGGGCGUGGGGGAGACAGGAACCAUGGCCGAGAUCGACAUAGAGAUCACGACGAGGUGGUUGAUGAGUUCGACAACCACAUGGUCUGGUUCACGAGCCAGGGUUUAGGCCUACUUCGACGAAUCUACGACGACCGGCAGGUGGGAUACCAGGCACUGAUAGACAAACACUGCGAGCCCCAUUAUCGUCUUGCUGAGUUCUUUGUGCCCUUCGAAAAGUGCGCGGACCGAUACGGUUCUGUUGCCAGCGAUCUUAAUGCGUCCUGGAAGCCACGCACAGCCUGGUCGGAUACUCCAGGCAUGGAGCUGCCGACUAAAGGCUGGCUUGCCAAGACCCCUGUGUCUGACGACACUGGGGAAAAUGAUGCCUAUUGGGGGGAGAAAUGGAUGAGGAAGGUUGGAUACUGUAUCUGGGAUAGGGACUAA